GUAAUGAAAGGCAGUAGUAGGAACAAGGAUCAUUCGACAGAAGGAGAAGGAACUGGAAAGCGACCCAAAAGAAAGUGUCUUCAGUGGCAUCCCCUGCUUGCCAAGAAGCUCCUUGACUUCUCAGAAGAGGAAGAGGAAGAAGAGGAAGAGGAAGAUAUUGAUAAGGUGCAUCUUCUUGGCGCCGAUGGUCUAGAGCAGGAUGCCGAUGAAACGGAAGAUGACGAGUCCUCGGAGCAGCGAGCUCGCCGGCCGAUGAACGCGUUCCUCCUCUUCUGCAAGCGGCACCGCUCCCUUGUGCGGCAGGAGCACCCCCGGCUCGAUAAUCGUGGCGCAACCAAGAUCCUGGCAGACUGGUGGGCCGUUCUAGAGCCCAACGAGAAGCAGAAGUACACGGACAUGGCCAAGGAGUACAAGGAUGCAUUCAUGAAGGCAAAUCCAGGGUACAAGUGGUGCCCUACAACAAACAAACCUGUGAAAACCCAGACAUCCACUGUUACAAACAGGAAAAAGCUGUGGGCCUUUUCGUCAGACUCUGCGAAAGAUUUACCAAGCCCCAGGAAAGUGACAAAAAGUGAAGAAAUGCCACAGCUUAACUUUGGAAUGGCAGAUCCUACACAAAUGGGAGGCCUGAGUAUGCUGCUUUUAGCGGGGGAGCGUGCCCUGACUGCACAAGAGGUUUCCUCGAGUACCUGCCAGUCCGAUGCGGCUAAUUCUGCGGAAACCUGCCCGAAGUCGUCAUUGUUUCAGUUUGCAGAGAUCUCUUCAAGCACAUCACAGCCAGAUGUCCCCGCAGCUGUAAAACAAACCGAGGAGUCUGCACUGUUUCAGUUCGCUGAGAUCUCAUCAAAUACUUCCCAGUUGUCGAGUCCUGAGCCAGUAAAGCACUGUGGGAAGUCGCCACUCUUCCAGUUGGCAGAGAUUUCUUCAAGUACAUCCCAUUCAGGUCCUUCUGAUUUGACAAAGCAGUGUGGGACAUCAGCAUUAUUUCAGCUGGCAGAGAUGUGCCUUGCUUCAGAAGGGGUAAAAGUGAAAGAUCCUGGGAAGAUAAAAGUGGAAGCAUCGGAAGAUGUGGCGAGAGAAAUUGCAGAGGAAAUGGAAGCAGAAAAACUAGAGAAAACAACAAUAAAGGACUCCUGUAAAGGAAAAGUGGAGCAAUCAGAGAUGGGGAAGAUAGAAGACCGGGAUGAGACAGAAGCUGAGGAACCAGAAACUGCAAAAUGCAGUCAUUUUACCAGUCUUGUGGUGGACAGCAGUCACUUUGAGAGAAGUGACAGCUCAAAGGAUCACGUGUGCCGUUCUCCAGAGCUUUCGAUGGCUGACAUGAAUAUCCUUGGGCUAAGCAAGCCAGAAAAGAUAAAGAAGAAAAAGAAAAAAAAUAAGUUGGAGCGGCACUCAAAUGAAAAAUCCACCCCUAAGAAACCAUGUAAAAAGAGGCAGUCCUCCGAGUCGGACAUUGAAAGUGUAAUGUAUACAAUUGAAGCUGUUGCAAAGGGGGACUGGGGUGCCGAGAGACUUGCUGAAGUUCCCCGCAAAAAGGCACGCCCGGCCUCGAGUGCGAAGGGGAGCCUGUUGGAUACAAAAUCACCAAAGAAAAAAGUGAAAUCGAAAGAGAAGAAAGCAUCGAAGGAGAAACCCAUGGAGACCACCAAAGAAUCCAAGCCUCCCGAUUUCCUUAGUAUUACAGCCAGCAAGGAAGUAUCCUGCGAGGCUACUGAUAACAUUAAGGUGGAACCACUGACCCCGACCGAGGAGGUGGUGCCCCAGAGCUUACCAGGACAGGUCAAAACUGAGGACAGUGACUGUGUUAAAAAGAUAGAAACCUGUGGCUCCAGGAAAUCGGAGAGAUCUUGCAAAGGUGCUCUUUAUAAAACUCUGGUGUCAGAGGGCAUGCUCACGUCUCUGCGUGCUAAUGUGGACAGAGGUAAAAGAAGCUCAGGAAAAGGCAACUCCUCAGAUCAUGAAGGAUGCUGGAAUGAAGAAAACUGGGCUUUUUCACAAAGCGGAACAAGCGGGAACAAAAAACUGAAAAGGCCUAAGCCAAAGGAAGAGUUUGUUUUGGGCUUAGCAAAGCUAGAAGAAGAAUUUGAAAAGAAAUUCAACAGCCUCCCUCAAUACAGUCCUAUAACUUUUGACCGGAAAAGUUCAUCUGUUCCGAGGAAAAAGAGAAAGGUUGGAAGCGGCUCAUCUGAACAACCAAAAUCCAACAAAGGUUCAUUCCAGUCUCAGCAAAAGAACUUAUUCCACAAAAUUGUCAGCAAAUAUAAGCACAAAAAGGAGAAGCUUAAUGUUCCGGACACAGCCAUACUCUCAGAAUACAGAAAUUCCAGUGAGCCUGCCUGGAAGAAUAAAAUUUCUAUAUCUGCCCUCAACACUUCAGAGCCAGCAAUGAUGCAUGAACCCUUAGUUGGCAGCCAGAAGAGGAAAGCAAGGAAAACCAAGAUCACCCAUCUUGUCCGAACAGCCGAUGGUCGAGUGUCACCAGCAGGAGGGACACUGGAGGAAAAGCCAAAAGAGCUGCCACAAAGUACUCUUCAAAAAACAUCAAGUGCAGAAACAGACUGCAACAGUGAGUGCUCCAGAAACGCAGAGUCGGAAGAAACUCAUAGUAUUACACCAGAUAUGCCAGCAGUGUCUGCAUUUUUUAGCUUAGCUGCUCUGGCAGAAGUAGCAGCAAUGGAAAAUGUACACAGAAGCCAGAGGGCCCCUCCUCUCCCACACGACGGACAGCCAAACGAAAUGUCUCAGGCUCCAGUGCUGAUCUCCUGCGCUGACCAGUGAAGCUCCACUUUAUUGUAAAACAUUGUGCUUUACCUAAUAUCCUAGCCUUGUCUUUACCAAGGGAAGCUAGUCAGUCCAUAUGAUGGAAACUAUAGACUGCAAGCAAGUGCUUAUUGCUGUGAGUGGCCCAGACUUCACUGGAAGCCAGACAUUAACAACUUGGGCCAGGUCCUCAAAUCGGAACCCAGUGUGUAGGAGGGUGAUGUUAUUUGUCUAUUAAUGAACAGCAAUGGAAUGAUCCCAGAGCUCGCUUUCUGUGGAAGGCUUUUAAGCAGUAAAUGGGUGGUUGAUGUGGAAAAGGCUGCCUUUUACUGUAGCUCACACAGCAUCUCUUUUACCAACCAGAGAGUAUGGCAACUAGUUUCGUAUAAUACCUAGUUAUUCUAAAUGAAAAGAAAAAACAACAACAAAAACACUGACGCACUGCACUAGUUAUUAUUAGAUAUUCUUAGUCAUUUUUGUACAUGAAGAUUUAAGUUCUAAGAUGGUUUAUAUUAAUAGGUUAUGCCUACGUUUAUAUUGUAGAGUGAAUUUAAAACCUGCUCCAGAGAACUCAAGGCAGCCUGGACAGAUGUACCAUUGUUAGCGGUGUUUGGGCAGCCAUGUGGUCCAGAUGUUCUGCACUUUUAUAUUUGCCACCGGAGUGGUAGCGUUUACUGGCAAAAAUUCUGACAGGCUAUGUUUGGGUUUUGUUUGUUUGUUUAAUUUAGUUUUGAGUAACCAGGAUGAUGUGCAUUAGAAAAAGGAGUGGUAUAUGGAAAAGAGAAGUACUACAGAGGAUUGACUUGUCUCUCAUGCCUUGGAGGGUUCCUUUAUUUUUGCAUAGAUACCUGAGUGACUUGGUGAAAUGUUCCUGUAAACAAAAAGUACUGCAAAUAUGUUGUUCAGAAGUGACCUUAGUAUUAUUUCACCAUUCUGAAAAACCUAAAAACGUGACUUUUCAAUAUACAUCUACACCGAUACACAUACCUUUUACAUUUUACAGGCACUGGCAUCGUUGUAGUUACUAUGCACAGUCUAAAUUGGCUUCAUAGAUUGUAUAAAGGGCCAACUGCAGUUUGUGUUGGUGAAGUUGUACGCAGAUAAACUACGACUGAAGAGUAACGUGUGACUGAAUUCAGAGAUUCAUCUGCCAGUUUCUGUCUCUGCUUCUGUUGAAUUUUUGUGUUUUGCGCUCAUAGAUACAUCCCAAAAGCCGGGCCACGUGUAUCACUUGGCCAGCUGCCUUCACUAUCCUGACUUACACUAUUGUAUAACCAAGCAUUGAUUCCUACCGACAGAUGCAAAAUGAUCACUAGUAAUUAAACUAAAGCUACAAAUUCGACAGGGUACUUCUUCUAUAGCACAAGAUGUUUCCCUACUUUUUGCAUUGUAGCACAACAAUUUACCAAAUUGGACUCCAGCAAUAAUUUUCUAUUAGUCUUCGUCAAACUGGCUGAACUUUUGAUAGUAUUAGGUUGAGUUCGAAGUUCUUUGAAUUAAGUCUUUAAAUGAUGAGAGUUUACAUGGUUCUAUCAGGCAUUCUUAUUUAUACUUGACUGAAAUGAUAAAAGUGUUUUGGGGUUAUUUUGUAACUAAUUUGAUGUAAUAGCCAUACGGACAGUAACUCUAUUAAUGCUUGCUAGGUUUUGCCUUUCAUCGCUGUAGCGAAGCGAAAGUCUUUGGUUCCUGGUUGAGAAAUGACAC